ACUGUUGGGACUGCGGCGAGCAGGAGUGGAACCCUGAGAUGUCGGAUGGGAUCGUGUUCGAUCUCCGCCCCUCCGCGGACGACGAGAAGGGCGGCUUCCACCGCCUGGCCAUCGGGGCGGCGAAGAACGAGAAGAUCACCUUCUCCUUCGUGGACUCGGGCCGCGAGGAGCUGCUCAACUCCAAGACCGUCCCGCACGUUAUCUCCGCCGGGCAGUGGGCGUCGCUCUGGCUGAGGUUCGGACUCGGCAGAGUGCUCUUGGGGCAGCAGGGGGUGGAGACCCCCAUUUUCGACUGGCCCUACAAGCAGGGCGAGAGCUUCACGCCGACAGCGCUACGCUACCACUCGGUGCAGCGCCACGCCAUCGGCCUGCACCUGGACUGCCCCAACACCGACUGCCCGAUCCAGCGCGUAGACUCGGACGACUUCUCUAGCCUCUUCCCCUUCAACGUCUGGCGACUGAAGCACGAUGGGCGCGCGGGACUGCAGCUGGCAAUGCAAGGGUCGGGCGUGGCGCUGGUGGCGCUGUACAGCCUCCCCGAGGACCCCCCGCACGUGUUCCGCCUGGAGCGCAACGCCGUCUCCCUGUCCAGAGGCAACGACACCCUGAAGCGCGUCGACCUGGCUGGCGCCCCCGUGCUGGUCGACAAGAGGUGGACCUAUUUUGACAUCAGCCUUCACGACAAAAAGGUAGGGCCACCAGAACUCUUCACCAUAUCGCCGGGGGACACGGGGGCGCUCCAUUGCCACUGACGGUGAAUGGACC